UAACAUGGAACUGAAUUUUAAGCACCAACUUGGCCUUCUUUGUGUGACACUGCUCUUACCUGCCAUGUGUACCUCUCAGGACACUUUUACGUGCUCCAGAGCCACCUUUUUCGGUAGCCCAGAUUGCUAUGGAAAUCCAAGGGGAGCUUGUGGCUUUGACGAUUAUGGCAAGACGGUAAACGAUGGCAGUGUCGCAGGCGUGUCUUGGCUAUGGAAGAAUGGAUCUGGCUGCGGUGCAUGCUAUCAGGUUAGGUGCAAAAUACCACAAUACUGUGAUGAGUAUGGAGCAUACGUGGUGGUGACAGAUUAUGGCGUCGGAGACAGAACAGACUUCAUCAUGAGUCCACGUGGCUAUUCAAGAUUAGGUAGAAACGAUGAUGCAUCUGCAGAGCUUUUCAAAUAUGGUGUGAUUGAUGUAGAAUACAAAAGGGUUCCUUGCAAUUACGGUGGCAAUAAUAACGUCGUGCUUAAGGUCCAUGAUCGCAGCAGAAACCCUCACUACUUAGCCAUUCUCGUUCUCUAUGUUGGCGGAACAUACGAUGUGACUGCUAUGGAGUUGUGGCAGGAAGACUGCAAAGAGUGGAGGCCAAUGCGUAGGGCCUUUGGGGCGGUGUUUGAUGCUGCUAACCCUCCUAGCGGUGACAUCAAGUUGAGGUUCCAAGUAAGUGGUAGUGCAGGGCUGUAUUGGGUGGAGUCCAAGAAUGCUCUCUCUUUUGAAUGGAAGGCUGGAGCUAUUUAUGACACAGAAAUUCAGCUUGGUUAA